UCUGCAAUGCGCUUCAUAAUAGUAAAAGUAUAUAUUCAACAUCCAAACUAUUUUCUGACAUUGACGAGUGUACAUGUGCUCAUCAGCCAUGCGAAAUGAGUUUUAAAACAGCUCACAAAGUUGACAAAUCCAUUCUAAACAAGUUUUGGCAAUUAGCAGAAUCAAAUCAGGAGAAAAUAAUACAGACAUCGAAAACUUUAGUGGAUGACUUACACCGACGACAAGUGGACGAGUCGGGUGUUUGUGAGGAGUUGCACUAUUGCAUUAACCGGCUUGUGAAGGGUCUAGCGUCCAGCCGACAGUCUGCAAGACAUGGCUUCUCGGUGGCACUCUGUCAGAUUCUCAGAAACUUCCCAUCAGUAAAUGUUGAUGUCAUACUUGGUGCUAUUGCUGAACAUCUGAAAUUUACUCAGAAAGAAUCCAGAUCUGAACAGGGGAAUAUUCUGCUUGGGAAGGUCUUGGCCUACCUGACCAUAGUUCAGUCAGGUCAGAUAGCCAGUGCAACCCAGGAGCAUGUGCAGAAAAUUGUCCAGAAUCUACUUCAAGUCUGCAAGAAGAGAGCGUUUCUUACACAGAUUUCCAUUCAUGCCAUAUCACUAAUUGUCUCACAGGUAAAUACAGAUGUGUUUAGAAUGUCGGUUUGGUCUGAGAUUGAGGCUGACCUGACCCAGGGAUGGACAGGAUGUUCCCCAGAUACCCUCCUACUGCUUAGUGCUUGUCAGAAAUACCAUGUGAAAGUGGUGGACAAAGCAUUUUUGAAAACGUACUGGGGAUCAUCAAAAGUAUUCUGUGCUGAGAAUCUGAAAAACAUCUGGAAUGUUAUAAAGCUUUCAGUGUCCUCCUAUCCUGUGAUACAUCUAAUAAAUGAUGAAAUUGUACAGCAGCUGACCACAGCUAAGAUAUCUAUCAUUGAUUUUUGGACAGAAGGAAGAGAUGUUUUAUUCGGUAAGGAACACCACAAGGCUGUAAGUUUGGGACUGUACCUUAUGACAAAAUUACUACCUCAUCUGAAGACAGCAGAAGAGAUUGAGUGCCUGUUGCCUGCUAGUGUAGUAAGAGUUCUGGUGAAAAUUAUUGAUGGAAGACAGAAGAAAACUAACCCAGUUCAUCAGUCAGCCUCCCAGUUUAUAAAUGGCUUAGUCUCGUAUGUGAAAUCCUCUGAAAAUGCAGAAAAUUCCAUAGCAGUUCUUCAGUGCUUCUACGAAACACAGUAUCCAAAGGGUGUCAACCUGACUCGGUCUUUGGAAACUAUUGUUCAAUCUCUCAGUGCAGAAGCAGCCAAGCAGUAUGGAGAAAUUUUAAUGAAAAUGUUCAAGAAAUACAUGAAAGUACCAAAAGAAAACAUGAUGGGGAUUCAGCAUGUGGCCACUCACAUCCGUGUUUUGGUGACGCUUCCCAGUACCUCCUCAGACCACGCCUGGCAUCUCCGACUGCUACAGUUCCUGGGUAUUCAUUCUUUCUGGACAGUGCGGGCCAAGUCUGCUGAGAUUCCUCAUUGUUCCAACUGCACCCAGCCAAUGGAGGACAAGCUGAGAAAACCAUUCCAAGACAACUUUUACAAGGCACUCAGCAACUUGCUGAUCUAUAAUACAGACAAGUCAAAGACCUCCUCCUUGGAUUCUUACCUAGAUACAGCUUGCAGUCUUUGUAGAUAUUUCCAGAGUCUGAUAGAAGCCACAGAAGUCACAACUCCAGUGGUGAAUUUAUCGGAAGAUGAGAUGGAACAGUGGAUAAAGACAGUUUUAUGUUUAAUGGCGAUGCAGGAGAAGAACACGGCCAACAGUCCUGAAAGGUUGGGUCUGUACAGAGCCUUUAUGCUGCUAUUUGUUUUCCAUGGUGUCCAUCUGUUUGUUUCCAAAGAAAAUGCUGUUGGUGCAUUACAGGAUCUACACAUCUGUUAUAACAAAGCCCUGAAACACAAAAGGAGAUCCACAGUCAAGUCGGCCAAAUCGGAGCCCGAAUGGAUUGAGGUUGUGACGGAGCUUUUGCUGAGUAUGAUGUCCCAGGGGUCAAACUUUGCCCGACUGGCUGCUAAGACCAUAUUCAGUUGUCUAACUGAGCAUGUCACUCCAGACUCCUUGGGCCUCAUUACCGACGUGCUCAAAACGGAGAAAGGCGAAGAGACUCCAAUCAGCUUUGAGGAUGAAGAUAAAGAUAAUGCAUCAGAUAUGGAUGUAGAGGAAGAAGAGGAAAAUGGACAUGUUUCCUCAGAGGAAGAAGUAGAAAAGAGUGAUGAAGGGUCAGGCUCUGAGGAAGACACUGAUGAGGAGGAGGAGGAAGAGGAGGAGGUGGAUGAUGAAUUCAGGAAUGCUGUCAAGUCUGCUUUAGGAGAUGCUGCUGAAAAAUCAGAUAGUGAGGAGGAGAAGGAGGAGUCUGAAACUGAACUGGAUGAUGAUGCCAUGUUCAAGUUUGACGAGGCUUUGAUUCAGGUGUUUAAAAACAUGAGGAAGGCAAAAGAGGCUGAGGCAAAAGAAAAUAAACAGCAAUUAAUUGCAUUUAAAUCCAGGGUUCUAGAUUUGGUUGAAAUUUUAGUCAAAAGUCAACCUGCUGCUGAUCUGACCUUGGAUCUGAUCCCUCCCCUCCUAGAGCUGAUGGCCAGCACAGAGAAACACAAGGAUGGAGCAGUGCUGGGCAUAGGCAGGAGGGCCGGCAGUGUGUUCAGAGUGUUGUACAGGAAGGCAAAAAUCCAUGGUAAUGUAGCGGUGUCCAGGGAUCGAUACUUGGAAGCCUUGAACAACACCAUUCAGUUUUCUACAAAAGUGACAACCAAACAGAAUAUCAUUGAUGUGUCUGAUGCUUGUUUGCUGGUGAUCCGGUUGUUAAUGAACUUGGAUGUUGGGAGUUUAGGACCAUCUCCAAUGAAGACCAGAUCUAAAAGUUCCCAGAAAGAAAAAGAUAGGAAGGAAGAAAGAGAAAGGGAUCAGGAAUCUGUCCACCAGAUAGUAGUUGAUACCAUCCAAUCAAACCUUCAGGAUUUCCUCAAGAAAAAAAAACAGAAGCUCCAUACGGAAUUUUUCUACAACAUGUUUAGCAAAUUUCCUGUCCUGUACUGGCCAAUUACAGAAACACUGUUGACAACCAUUCAAGAUGAUCAUGUGAAGGUCUUCAUAAAGACCCAGGCCUGCUUCUUGUUAUCAGGAAUGAUAAACAAAGAUGUGGAAAAGAAUAUAGGUGAAGAAGCUUGGAAUGAAUUUUCACUUUCUCUGACUGCAGGUGUCUCGAGGAUUCUGCGAGUGAUUACAAAAGAAGCAUUUCCAGCGAAACUGGUACAUGAUGUGUGUGUCACUCUGAAGAAAUAUCUCGUGUGCUCACAAACUCCUCAGGAGAUACCAGAAGAGGUAACUGAAAAGUUGGAGAGUUUGAAAGGUUCCUUUAAUACAGACAUUAGGAAGGAGUACCAUAGCAUCAUGGGAAAACUGGGGAAAGCAACUCCAAAUGUGAAUCAGAAGAAGAACAAGAAGAGGAAAAGUAAAGAUAAUGCAGACAUUACUGGUCAAACAGCUGAAAACAAAAAACCAAAACAGACUGAAAAAGAAACUCCUGUUAGCCCCUCUCCCAACAGAAAGUCCAAGAAAAGGAAACAAUAAUUUGGAUGAUAAGUGAAAAGAGGGUCCUGAAGGGAGGAUUCAGUAUCUGUUAUGAACAGUAGUGAGACUAAGAAACACUCAGGAAUGGAUUCUUCAGACAGCAAUGAAAUCUCAAAAAAGAAAAUAAACAAGAAAAAGAAGUCGAAAAUAAAAAAAAUCGCAAUAGCAUAUAUA